AUGAAGAACUACAUCAAAUCUGUGUUGUCGGCAGACGCGCCUGUCACCGACAAAGACCUUUUGUACAGUAAACGAUCUCAAGAAAACGCAGAUGGCGAUCUUCACCUUCGUUCCGCUCACCCAGCUGGAGAAAAGGCUAAGGGACUCGACACCAUUGUGGUGACCGAGGAGAACCCUUCGGACGGUGCCGAUCUGGAAAACAAUAAGUUGGGUCUAGGCGGUGUUGUUUCUGCAGACUACGACCCACUCGCCCAUCAACUCUCGAAAGUGGCCAUAGACGACGAAUAUGCCGGUAUUACGGUUGAAGAUGACUCGCCGUACCCUGAAGUUCGUGCCUCAGUGCCCUCCAGUGACAACACGAUGCUUGCACAAAACACACUGCGGAUGUGGGUUCUUGGUAUGAUCAUGACUACCAUCGGGAGUGGUCUGAAUAUGCUGUUUUCCAUGCAUUCUCCUUCAAUUGUUUUGGUCAGUUACGUGACAUCGAUCUUGGCCUGGCCCUUGGGAAGAGGCUGGGAUAAAAUCAUGCCUAACGUACGUUUGUUUGGGAAAUGGGGCCCGCAAUUGAACCCCUCCCCUUUCAACGUCAAAGAACAUGCCCUUAUUACAGCUAUGGGCAAUGUGGCGUUUGGAGGUGGUAACGCCUACGCUACUGAUAUCCUGCUUUCCAUGAACAACUUUUACGGGAAGGACUUUGGUUGGGGGUUUAACCUACUGGCAACCUGGUCCACUCAAUGUAUUGGAUUUGCGCUUGCGGGUCUUACAAGAAAAAUUUUAGUGACCCCUGCAUCUAUGAUUUGGCCAGCUAACUUGGUCUCGUGCACUUUCUUAACUAACAUGCACAUUAAUGAAAACCACGUUGCAAAUGGCUGGAAGAUCUCCAGGUUGAAAUUCUUCUUGGUCGUUUUCGUUUGCGGUUUUGUAUAUUACUGGUUUCCUGGCUUUAUUUUCCAAGCCUUAUCAUACUUUGCGUGGGUUACGUGGAUCAAGCCCGAUAAUAUCAUUGUCAACCAAGUAUUCGGUGCCAGUACUGGUCUUGGCUUAAUCCCUCUCGCCUUAGACUGGAAUCAAAUCGCGGGUUACAUUGGCUCUCCUUUAAUUCCACCAGUUGGUGCCAUCUUUUCAAUCUUGCUUUCCAUGGUGACCAUUUUUUGGAUUGUGGUACCUGCAGUGCAUUAUUCGAAUGUAUGGUUUGGUAACUAUCUACCUAUAUCGGAUUCUUCCUCUUAUGACAGAUUUCAGAAUGUUUACCAGGUCAAGAAAAUCGUCACCGAGAACUUGACCUUCAAUCAAGAGGCCUAUGAAGCUUACUCACCGUUGUACUUGUCGGCGUCUUUUGCGAUAUCGUAUGGACUUUCAUUUGCCUCAAUCACUGCCAUUGUGGUGCAUACAGCCUUGUUUCACGGUAAGCAGAUUUGGAACCAGGUUAAAAAUAGCGGCCAAGAAAAAGAGGAUGUUCACGGUAGGUUAAUGAAGCAAUAUAAAGAUGUUCCUCAAUGGUGGUUUGCCAUUGUCUUUUUGGCAUUCUUCGGUAUGGCUGUGGCGACUAUCAGAGCUUGGGAAACUGAAAUGCCAGUUUACUCAUUGAUCCUUGCUCUAAUAAUCGCUGCUUUCUUCUUACUUCCAGUGGGUAUCAUAUUUGCUUUGACCAACAUUCAGGUUGGUUUGAAUGUUAUUACAGAAUUUAUCAUUGGUUACAUGAUACCAGGCAAACCGCUUGCAAUGAUGUUUUUUAAGACGUUCGGUUACAUUACUAAUUCCCAAGCCGUCUAUUUCGCUCAGGACAUGAAACUGGGGCAUUACUUGAAAGUAGCCCCAAGGGUGUUGUUUGCUGCUCAAUUGAUUGCAACUAUUUGGGGUUCAUUGGUGCAGAUCUGUGUUAUGAAGUGGGCUCAAGGAAGUAUUGAGGACAUUUGUACGACGCAUCAAGCCUCCCACUUCACUUGUCCUAAUGCCAAAGUAUUUUUCAAUGCGUCUAUUAUUUGGGGUGUAAUUGGUCCCCAAAGGAUGUUCUCUGCUGGACAGAUAUACAACAAACUGUUGUACUUUUUCCUCUUGGGCGCUGGUUUGCCUGUGAUGAACUGGGCAAUUUUGAAGAAAUGGCCUGGGUCUUUCGUUAAGUAUUUGAAUUGGCCUGUGUUCUUCUCCGGCACUGGUCUCAUUCCACCUGCAACACCAUACAACUACGGGGCAUACUGUCUUGUGGGUAUUUUUUUUGGGUACUUUAUCAAGAAACGGUUUUUCAACUGGUGGGCUAAGUAUAAUUACUCUUUGUCUGCAGGAUUGGACAUUUCGUUAGCUUGGUCUUCUUUGAUCAUUUUCUUAGCAUUGGGAUUGACCAACACUAACGGACCAAGCUGGUGGGGAAAUAAUGUCAUCGAGACGCCUGAAUAUAAUGGCGAGGCUAUCCAAAAGUUUUUGGAGGAGGGUCAAACAUUCGGUUUGACCAAGUGGUGA